AUGCUUCCUCUUUCGGAGUGGUCAACGACCAAUGGCGCGCCUGCCUGCAGCGCAGCAGCAAAACUUCGAAGCAGCAGCAACAUCCGCUUAUCAACUGCUCGGUUCAAGUGCACCACCACCAUCAUCAUCACCACCACCACCACCACCACCACCAGCACUGGUCCUUCCCUCGCUGCAGCAAACCGCAAACCCGCAACUCGCAAUCCACGUCGCGGGUCCAGUCCUCCCGUCUCUGCGCGCUCCUGGCGACAACCGACGAUCGACGACUGUUGCGAGUCCACCAACCCCAAUGCCGCCAAUUCGCCUCUGCGACCUUCUGCGGCUGCCCUCCCGGGCGCGAAAAAGUGCCGCUCCCAUGCCGACAUGCUUCGCGAGGAGGCUUAUCCUCAGCCGCCCCCGGCAAAACGCCAGAUGAUUGACCGUGGUGUAGCUUCGCCGUCUCGCUCCAAGACGACGAUGGCUGCGGCCACGUCGACGACAACCUCACUCUCCACGGCCGCCACGACCACGGCAUCCCGGGCAGACAUCCAUCGCUCGGCCUCUCGCGUCACGGCGAGCACUCAUGGCUCUCAGAGGGCUUCCCACGCCAGUACCCAUGCCGAUUACCAGCCGACGCAGCAGGAUAUCGAGAUGCUCCGCCAAUGGCACGCCAACACCCGUGCUGCCUUUCCCAAGAUGGUGUUUUAUUUUGAGAGCAUCCCUGAUGAUCUGAGGGCGCGUCUGGCCAAACAGGUGUCUUCCCUUGGCGCUCGAGAGGAAAAGUUCUUCUCUAUCGAAAUCACGCAUGUCGUUACUACGCGGCCUAUCCCCCCCGUGAAGAAAACCCACGAAGUGACCGAGACGGCCGAGGAGGCUGCCCCAGCCAACAAUGAGCAACCCGAGACCAUCAAUCCCUCGUUGCUGAACCGCAACACGACCACCGAACCUCUCUCCCUGGCGGCUGCCAGGCGUGCUAGCAAGUUGGCAUAUGAUGCUGCCUCCAAGAAGCUGCCCAUCCGGGUCCACGAGGACCCUAUCAAACGGCCUAAGCCGCGCAGCACAGACGUGCUGGACCGUGCUCGUGAGAUGGGCAAGAAGAUAUGGUCCCUGGAGAAGCUGCAAAAGAUCCUGGAAUAUCUCUUGUACCCGGAUCCCAUCACCAGCGCCGCCCUGGGUCUGUCUCGCCACAAUACCCGGGCGUCCACCAAGCCGACGGACCCGCAAGACAAGCUCGCCCAGGCCCUGGAAGCCGAGCGAGUCCACGGCCCCUCAGACCGCGACCCGACCGUCUCCAACCGGGAACUCAAGCUCUUCAAAGGUCCUUACAUCUACGUUUAUGACAUUGAUGAGAAGACAAAGCCUAUCAUGGCCAGGGAAUACCCCAAAGUCUCCGACCCUAAGGACGGCGAGUGGCCCCAAUUCCGCGUAACCUCACACGGCCGUUGCCCCUUCAUUAUCGACGAGCACUAUGACAUCCCGGAGAAGAAGCGGCGGGAUAAGGACAGGGCCAAGGAGCGGCCCGCCAAGGAAGAGGUCGAGACGACGGCCGUAGCCACGGCAACGACAACAACCACUACUACUACUACUGCUGCUGCUGCUGCUGCUGCUGCUGCUGCUGCUGUCCCUACCGCCCAGGCACCCAAGCCAGUGGAAGAGAACCCUCCGAAGCCGGUCACGGGCAAGCGUACCCUCAAGGAGAUGGAGGAUGGCCAUAACCGUGGGGCGGCCGUCACGCGCUCGACGGAACAGUUUGAUCGCGAGAAGGCGCAGAAUCCGCCGUCAUUUGACUUCCGCACAAAUGCCUUUAUGAGCCGCGCGAAACCGGGGCUUUUCCUGGCCGGCGAACCCGUUGCUUCGGGUCUGCAGCCGUCCAAUGUGACGUCGGCUAUCCGCUCGCAGAUGGUGUCGUCCACCGGCGGUGUCUUAGGCGCCAAGGCUGGCACCAGCAAGGAGAUCCAUGGGCUUCAGCGCCGUGUCGUGCUGCAAAAGGCUGUAACGCCGGCUGUCGCACAAGAUGUUGGCCACGAUGCUACUACGUUUGGCCGCUCAGCCAGCACCAGCCGCGCGCAGCCGAAGCCCGAGCUGCUUGAUGGUGAAGAGCCUCAGAAGCGGGACAAGCUGCGCCGGUCUGCCAGCAUGCCUGUCAGCCAGCCCAAGAAGCGUGAUCCGAAGCCGGGCUACUGUGAGAACUGUCAGGACAAAUUCGCUGACUUUGAAGAACAUAUCGUCUCUCGCCAGCACCGCAAGUUUGCCGAAAACGACGCCAACUGGGUGCAGCUCGAUGCUCUGCUCGCCCAGCUGAAGCGCGUCCCUCGGCAGCGAUAG